ACAAAGGUAUAAAAUCCAAGAAAAUAAACAAACCCUAAUUUAACACUUGACGGCAAAAGAAAAAGAAAGAAAAAGAAAAAUCACCGGAGCUUCUACAAAUCAUCUCCAUUACUCUCUGCUUUCAACUUGGAAAAUGGAGGAAAGUGUUUUUAUUUCUAAAAUAUUAAAUGAUUUUAGUGGUGAUGAUUAUUUGAUGGUUGAAAAAUUACUAAAUUUGCGUUCUGAGUCUUUGGCUAAACAAUUUAAAGAUGAUGUUUCUUGUGUUCUUCGUUCCAACAACCUUAAAUCUGUGGGUGUUUAUUGCAACAAUGAUUCUGGGUCGAAAACAGCCGAAAUCAAGCGAUCAAAGGUAAAUGAUUGUGGUAGUCUUAAGUUUUCUAUGCUUGAAUCAAAGAAUCAUGAGGUUGCUGCUUGUAAACCCGAUCAGCGUGUUGGGAAAAUGAUUCUCAAGAUAAGAAAAAGUGAUUUAAUGGCAAGAGUUGAUUUUGGAAAUGUUGGUACAAAGACCCAUGAAGCGGCUUCUGAGAAAUGUUUGUCCGGUGAGGGUUUUGAGAAGAAACACAAUCAUGAGAUUGCUUCUUGUAGACCCGAUGAGAGUGUUGGGAAAAGGGUUAUCAAGAUAAGAACAAAUGAUCGAUCAAUGGGAGUUGAUUUUGACAAUGUUGGUACAAAGACUCAUGAGGCUGCUGCCGAGAAAUGUUUGUCCGGUGAGGGUUCUGAGAAGAAACACUAUCAUGAGGUUGCUGCUUGUAGACGCGAUGAGAGUGUUGGGAAGGGGAUUAUCAAGAUAAGACCAAAUGAUCGAUCGCUGAGAGUUGAUUUUGGCAAUGUUGGUACAAAGACUCAUGAGGCGGCUCCCGAGAAAUGUUUGUCCGGUGAGGGUUCUGAGAAGAAACAUAAUCAUGAGGUUGCUGCUUGUAGACGCGAUGAAAGUGUUGGGAAAGGGAUUAUCAAGAUAAGAACAGGUGAUCAUCGAUCGCUGAGAGUUGAUUUUGGCAAUGUUGAUAUGAAGAAUCAUGAGGCAGCUGCCGAGGGAACUUCAUCAGAUGAGGGUUCCAAGAAGGAAAUGAAGAAAAGAAAAGCUAAGGAUGAAAGAUCAAGCAAACCGUCAAAGAAACAUAAGAACCUCGGAAACAAUGAUAAUGUUAAUGACCAGAUAGAAGAAGAGUACCCUGAGCUUCCAUUGGCAUUUAAAGAAAAGAUUGAAGAAAUGGAAGGUAGUGAGGUGAAAUUGGUGAUCCAGAAGGAACUAACUGCGAGUGACGUGGACAAAAGCAAAAGCCGCUUCUCCAUUCCCAUAAAGAAGAUGAUUAAAGAUUGUAAAUUUUUGAGACUAGAAGAGGAAUCGUCUUUGGAUUAUGUGCGUCAAAAGAAAACAGAUGGGAAGAAGCUUGAUGGUUUUUUAGUGUCUGUGUUGGAUCCGAAUCUUAUACUCCACGAUGGUAUUUGCUUCAAGAAGUGGAAAAUGGCGAAGAAUACUGAGAUUUACAAUCUCACAAAAAAAUGGAAUGAUCUUGUAGCAAAAAACCUUUUCAAAGAAAACGAAAAGGUGCAACUCUGGUCUUUCAGAAGUCAUCAAAAGCUCUACUUUGCACUCGUCAAGCUCCAGCCAAGAUCGAUUAAUCAAUGAUGCUGAUGCGCGUACUUUUAUAUAUAGUCUUAAAAUUCUCAGUAUUUAGACUUUUUUUUGCUUUAUUUACUUGCAUUAGAAUUGUAUAUAUACUCGGAUAUUAUUAAUAGUAGAAGAGUUUAUGGACUAGAUCUUAG